AAAUACAGUUCAUACAAAAAUUAGGUUUACAGAAAUCCACGAAUUCAUAUAAUUUAACGUACAAUUAACAAUUAAGUAUUCUUUUAAAAUUGUACCAAAAAAAAAAAAGAAACAUUUAAAAAACGAAGUCCUGGAAAGAAGGAUAAUUUAAGAGUGGACAAUUAACAAUUAAUAAAUUCUCUAAAAUUGUAACAAAGAAAAAGAGAAAAAUUCUAUUUAAACAAAUUCCAGGAAAGAAUGAUACUCAUUAAUUAUUUCUCCAAAAUAGUCCCCAAAGAAUGAACUAAAAAUUAAAAAAAUGAAGUAGGAAAGGAUUCCAUGGAAAAUGAUUAUUUCUCGUAAAAACCGCGUGGAAGCCAUUUUACAGGUUGCUCCGUCGUUUUCUCCUGAUUUCGGAUCCGUUCCAUUUUUUUCUCGCAUUUCUAGUCAUUUACACGCUCUGUUUGUGUUUGUGGUGGUCCUUCCGCGAUAGAUCUCGACAGCACGGUACAGCAAAGUUCUCCUACCAUAUUUUCAACGAAAAGAGGUCUCAACAAAUUGUCCAAGAACCAUGUCACACCAAACAGGGAUAAAAGCGAAUGAGGCGCUCAAAAAAUUGUUUGCCAAGUGUCGCGAUGGGAAAAUUCGAGUGUUGAAAGUCUCUAUAGAAAAUGAGGAAUUGGCCCCUUCAGCCUUCUCGAAGCCAGCAAAUAAGUGGCAAGAUGACUACGAUAAAAUGAUCAAGCCCCUGAUCGUGGAGAACCAGCCAGCAUACAUUCUCUAUCGUCUCGAUACUAAAUCGCCUGACUCCGGCUACGAUUGGUUAUUCAUAUCCUGGUCGCCCGAUACAGCCCCAGUCAGACAGAAAAUGCUCUAUGCUUCGACCAAAGCCACCUUAAAGCAAGAAUUUGGUACGGCUUCCAUAAAAGAAGAGCUGCGUGGCACUGUACCCGAAGACAUAACAUUAGAUGGCUACCACAAAUACAAAAGAAACGAUGCAGCUCCUGCUCCUUUAACUACCGCGGAAGAAGAGUUAGCGGAACUCAAAAAGAGCACAGUUACUACGGACUACAGUGUAGAGACGAGACAUCAGACAUUGAGCGGAGUUGCCUUCCCUGUAACAGAUGAAGCCAAACAGGCAAUCACGGAGCUUGGCAAAGGUGUAUACGAAUACGUUCAGUUGAAGAUUGACUUGGAGGAGGAGAAGAUACAUUUAGUCAUAGCUUGCGAUGUAUCGUUGGAUAAAUUACCCACAAAAGUUCCAUCCGACUCAGCCAGAUAUCAUCUGUACAAUUUUAAGCACACGCACGAAGGAGAUUACAUGGAGUGCAUAGUGUUUAUAUAUAGUAUGCCAGGAUAUAGCUGUAGUAUCAAGGAAAGAAUGCUCUAUUCGUCUUGCAAAUCUCCUCUUCUGGAUCUCAUUCAAUCGCUCGGAGUGAACAUUACUAAAAAAUUGGAAGUAAAUAGUGGUGAGGAGUUGGCAGACAUGUUAGAAGAUCCUCCAACUAUAAAAGAACCAGCUGCUAUAACUCCUGCAACUCCAUCGACGCCCUAUGCCCCUACUCAAUCUAUACCAGAGAAAAAAUCAAAGCAGAAGCGUUCUUGUGUCUUGAGUUAACCAACUCCAUGUAUCUUUGUCUGCCAUUAAUUCUUAAAUGUUUCUCGCACGUUUAAGCAAUGCAUCGCUUUAACGUGCGAUGUUUUACACAUUGGACAUUCUUCCUUCGUAAAAUUCUGAAUUUGUGAUAAUACGAUAUUAACAUUGAAUGUGUUAUUUAAUGCGAAAUGAUAUAAUGGGUUUCCAAUACUCAUCGUAUAUAGUUGCACUUGUUCUUCGAAGCGAUUUGAAGUGAGAAAUCUAAUGCGUCUUGCAAAGGAUGAAUUUUUAUUGAUUAGCGAUACUUAUUGAUAUUUAGCAUUAAUUGGUCAGAGUGAUACGUAUAUCUAUGUAGCAAGUCAGAGUAGACCAAAAACACUGUAUUUUUCUAAAUUUUAAAAGCAAAAUUCUCACGUUAAGACCUCGUUCAACUGUCUUUUGACAACUACGAGCAGUUCUCGAUAAACACGAUUCAUAGGAUACAGUUCUUGUUGAUCCAUGCUACGAUGGAUGAUUUACUCGUACAAAGAGUACCAUAAAAAUUCAAUGGAGAUUUGCUUGACGUUGAAAGUGAAGCCUUCUACUGGAUUUUGCAUUUUUACCAACGCGUGAAAGUUUCGUGGGAAAUAUCUCUUCGGUCUUGUCAUGGUUCCUUGUUAAUACUUUUUUUUUUUUAAAUGUUUUACGUAACUCUUAUACUCUUAACCCUUAAAAAUGAAAAAAAGAGAAAGGUAAAUCUAGUGAGUUGACUGUGCAAAUUAGUUCCUAGUCCAAUGGAAAAGUGAUAUGUACUAUAAGUUUCCUUUUUGUAUUAAUAAUUUUGUUAAGUAAAACUCUCGAAGGCUUGACUUUCAAAUUCAUUCGAACGGACGUAUAGGAAGCUAGCGUAGACUUAGUGUUUCAAACAAAUAUCUGUGGUAAACCGCAUACCUUAUGUGAUUGUUAGAGAGUUAGGGAAAGAAUUCCAUGUGCCCUAGCUAGCUGAUGCCGCUCACCUAACUUCUCUGCGUAAUAUAAAUAUGAAAAAUGAUAUAGCAGAGUGAUAGUACGUGCAAAUGCCACAUUUACACGUGGAUAUAUUUUCUUUGCACACGAUUAUCAUUUUCCAACACGAGCUAGUGAUGAUACUAGUUACUUUAUAUACAUAUUAAAUUAUAUAUCAUGUUCUAUACUAUUGUAAAUGGUACGAAAGCAUUAGAUUCCACAAAUAUGUGUACGAAGACUGAUCUUGGUAAGUCCCAUUCGCUGUACAAGUCAAAGAGUCGCAGAUACUGUUUGAAUAGAUGAGACAAUUUAUAUAUGUUCCUUCUAUAUCUUCCAAUUAUUUAUUAUUUAUUUAUUGAUGUAAUUGUUAAAAGGUACGCUAAAAAUUUGGGUGAGAAUUGCAGGCGUAGAGGAAAGCGUACUUUGAAAUUGUUUUUAAGAAAACAUUCCCUUGCGUAAAAUGUACAGCGAAUGGGACUGUAAUCUGAUAUAGCGAGCAGCACGAUAUUCGAGAGGCAUUCUAUUUUUUCUGAUCUGUAUUUUUUUAAACUCUUGUAGCUUUUUAUAAACUUUUUAAAAAUUUUCGUCCAAAGACACAAACGAACGAUUCACCAAAAUGGUCUGGCCUAAUUUUAACGAGAUGGUAAAACAAAGUGCGUCAAAUUCUUGGCAUAUAUUUAAUUCAAAAAGAAACAACAGUAACGAUAAACUAGUAGUAACGUGUAAGCAAAAUGUCGAUUAACGUUUUUAUUUAAAAUAUAUGUAUUUGCUUUGAUGUUGGGCUCGAAAUGAAGAGAUUUCAAAAGAAUAUUAAACAUAGGUACUCGUAUAUAUUUUAUUAGCUCUAUAUUUUUGUUUAUAAUCUCGUGAAAGUUGUUUCACCUUAUGUUCCUAUUUACUGGUCCUCUAUAUAUUUACUCGUAGAGAAAACAUAGAAUUUGACACACGUUUCUUUCCUGUAGCAAACUAAAGAAAGUGAUAAAGAAAAAAAAAAGUUCUUCGCAAAAUGCUCAAAAAAGAAAAAAAAAAUACUGUUAACAAAAAAUGUGUUCUGUAUUUCGUAACGCACAUUGCAGCCUGGACGUGUAUUUUAGUUAACAUUGAUUCCACCAGGCCUAUUCUGUAAGUUUCUAGCGUAACAUUACUUUCGAA